AAACCGACCCUGUAACAGUUCUAAAUCGACCCGGCAAACGGUCAAUAAGGUGAAAUAAAGUUCCUAGUUAAAGUUAGAAAAGGUGUUUCUCUUCCUGCUCCAAAGGGAAACCAAAUUCCUCCUCCCCCUCUUGAGGCAACCCCGGCGCCUCAACAUUUUGGUCCAUCCCGAACCGGAUACCGGCUUACAGUCCCCGGUAGUUUGAAGCCUUCCCUAGUCAACUAGGCGGCUAGUGGAAGCAACCCAUCGUUACCGAGCCGUUCGGUACCACAAGCCUUCUCUGGUUAACCAGACAACCAGUAGAAGCAAAACCUUCACUCCCGGUCCCCGAAGCGACCAGUGAAGUGCUCCCUGUCGAUUAGUGCGCUGAUCGGCACCUUUGGUGAACCCGUCGCUACCGAGCCGUUCGGUACCACAAGCCUUCUCUGGUUAACCAGACAACCAGUAGAAGCAAAACCUUCACUCCCGGUCCCCGAAGCGACCAGUGAAGUGCUCCCUGUCGAUUAGUGCGCUGAUCGGCACCUUUGGUGAACCCGUCGCUACCGAGCCGUUCGGUACCACAAGCCUUCUCUGGUUAACCAGACAACCAGUAGAAGCAAAACCUUCACUCCCGGUCCCCGAAGCGACCAGUGAAGUGCUCCCUGUCGAUUAGUGCGCUGAUCGGCACCUUUGGUCAACUCGUCGUUACCGAGCCGUUCGGUACCACAAGCCUUCUCUGGUCAACCAGACAACCAGUAGAAGCAAAACCUUCACUCCCGGUCCCCGAAGCGACCAGUGAAGUGCUCCCUGUCGAUUAGUGCGCUGAUCGGCACCUUUGGUGAACCCGUCUCUACCGAGCCGUUCGGUACCACAAGCCUUCUCUGGUUAACCAGACAACCAGUAGAAGCAAAACCUUCACUCCCGGUCCCCGAAGCGACCAGUGAAGUGCUCCCUGUCGAUUAGUGCGCUAAUCGGCACCUUUGGUGACAUCCGAGCAGCCUGCAAGGACACCAGAGGAAGAUCUAGUGUCGGCCAACCGUCGGUCGAAGCAAGUAGAAUCCAUCCUUUGCGUGAGGAUAUAGUGAAAAGCGUUCGCGUGGCUUUAACAACGCGAAGUGUGUGUGUAUAAAAAACCUUACCUUGGUUCCAUCGUGUGUGCAGCGAGCCUUUACUAAGCCAAAAUGGGACUCGAUCACACACCGGAGAAGAAGGAUGACGAUAACGACUUCAAGCUCCUGGUUCACCAGCGUGGCCAAAUCAAGCGGAGAGUCACACUCAUCAACCGCACUCUGAAGGAAGCCGAAGAAGACCCUACAAAGGUGACUCCAACACUCCUAAAGGUCUUCGCAAAAAAGCUCGAUGUACACUACCAAGAGUACACCACUGUCCAUCGAGAGAUUAUGGAAGCAUGCCCACCAUCGAAGCUAGAAGAGCAAGACGAAAUGCUUAUGGCCUUUGAUAUUCUCCACACCGAGGCGAUGGAGAGACUCGAGCAGCAAUCCGUGUCACUGCCGCAAACCGCUGUUCCAGUAAAUAGCACGGUUCAUACCCCGAUAAUGGUGCAACAUCAACCACUGCGAGCUCCGAUUCCCAGCUUUGAUGGGAAGGUGGAAAACUGGCCGAAGUUUCAGACGAUGUUUGAGGACAUUGUCGGUCGCAGCAACGUUUCCGAUGCCAUGAAGCUUCAUCAUCUGGAUAAGGCACUAGUCGGCGAUGCUUCUGGAUGGAUAACGGCAAAGAUGAUCCAGGAUAACAAUUUCCAGCUGACCUGGAAACAACUGAAGGAGCGAUUCGAGAACCCUCGCGUUAUCGUUGACACCCAUCUAGUUGGACUUUUGGAAUUGAAGGCUAUUCCAAAGAGGAACCACAAGGAUCUCACAGAGCUGGUAAAAACUGUAAACCGGCACGUUGGAGGUUUGCAGUACCAAAACAUCCAAGUCGACGCGAUGUCUGGUUUGCUGCUAACUAAGAUCAUCACUGCUCGGCUAGACGACCAGACGCUCCAACUGUGGGAAAGAACGCAGGAACACGGAAAACUACCAGACUUCGAGCAGAUUAUGAAAUUCCUGCAAAGCGAAUGCCAAGUUCUGGAAAGGUUCCAGAAUCGACACCAGGCAGCCACCGUGAAGGAGGGAAACCAUAAGCAGUCGACUGGUAAGCUUCCCAGCCAGAAAGCACACGCAGUAUCAUCGUCAUCGACAUCACAUCCCUGUCUCGUGUGCUCCGAGAAACAUCGCCAUUUUGAAUGUCCCGCAUUAAACAAAAUGGAACCCGCAAAACGCAGCGCCAAGGUGAGGGAGUUAAACCUGUGCUACAACUGUCUUCGAGCUGGCCAUCGAGUAAACGAAUGUCCAUCACAAAGGGUAUGCUCGAAAUGCCAGAAGAAACAUCACACGCUUCUGCACGAGGAUGCUAAGCCAGCAUCGGAGAAGUCCACACCAAUGAUAAACACAUCUCCAGCAGUCUGGUCGGACACCACUACCGCUUCGUUUAAUCCUUCGUCCUAUACCGCUGUUCCAAAAAACCGACCGUUUAAACAAACGACUGCUAUGCUCAUGACUGCCCUCGUGAACAUAAAAAACAGCGACAACGGGAAAAUACCAUGCCGUGUUCUUCUGGAUUCCGGUUCCCAAGCAAGCUUCAUCUCAAAGGCAAUCGCUGAUCGCCUGUCACUUGCGAGAAUCCCAACGUUUGUGCCCAUCACUGGAGUGGGUGCUGUCAAGACCUGCGCUCGUGAAAAGAUCAUCGUGGCAGUCGAGUCGCGAUGUUCUGAUUAUUCAACAACCGUUGAAUGCCUGGUGAUUCCUAAGGUAACAGGAAUCAUCCCUUCGACUCAGCUGGAUAUUACGCAGUGGCCCCUGCCACCUGGCUUAGUUCUGGCUGAUCCUGAUUUCCAUACGCCUGGACGGAUAGACAUGCUGUUAGGCGUAUCCCAUUUCCUACGAUUACUUAAAUCAGGAAGGAUGCAGCUUCGAGAAGACUUGCCCGAACUUCAAGAGACGCAUUUUGGAUGGGUCGUGGCAGGAGAUGGCGAAGAACUAAAAAACGACCAACAAUGCUGCAUCGCCACCACCGCCUCAUUGCCCGAGACCAUGAAGAGGUUUUGGGAGGUUGAGGAGAUCGAAGAUACCGAUCAACCCACGGAGCAUGAGGCGUGUGAAAGGGUGUUCCGAGAAACUCACCACCGAGACGAGGACGGAAGAUAUGUUGUCGCCCUGCCCUUUCGUGAGUUUCCACCUCAGUUGAAGGUCAACCGAGAGCUGGCACUGCGUCGCUUUCUCUCACUUGAGCGACGUAUGAAGAAGGACUCCUCUCUGAAGCAGCAAUAUGCCAAAUUCAUCGACGACUACGAAGCUCUCGGUCACUGCCAUGAGAUCAGGGAAGACCUUGACGAACCAGACAAAGCCUGCUUCUACAUGCCUCAUCAUGCGGUUCUACGACCAUCUAGCUCCAGCACCAAGCUCCGUGUGGUCUUCGAUGGAUCUGCUAAGGCCGCUCCAUCUGAUGUAGCUCUCAACCAAGCCCUGAUGGUGGGAGCGACUGUACAGAACGAUAUUUUCGUCAUCCUCAUCCGAUUCCGGAGACAUAUCAUCGUCUUCACUGCCGACAUAUCCAAAAUGUAUCGGCAGAUCAAGGUGGUUCCAGCGCACUCGUGCUUCCAGCGAAUCUUCUGGCGUGCUGAUCCAGCUCUUCCUCUUCGCGUAUUGGAAUUAACAACGGUGACGUAUGGGACAGCGUGUGCCCCAUUCCUCGCAACUAGAUGCCUGCUGCAGCUGAGCUACGAUGAAGCUAUGAGAUUCCCAAGGGCUGCCAAAAUCAUCCGAGAAGAUUGCUACGUCGACGACAUUCUGUCUGGAGCAAACAGCGUAUCAGAAGCUCUCGAGUGUCAGAGCGAGCUCCUUGGCAUCCUGAAUUCCGCUGGGUUUCCUGUCCACAAAUGGAGCUCCAACUCACCAAGGCUGUUACAGCACAUCCCUGAAGGUGACCGAGAGGAGUUGGUAGAUCUGAGCCACGGCUGCGAAGGAGUACUGAAAACAUUAGGACUGACUUGGAGUCCGCAUCAAGAUGAAUUCGCAUUCGUUGUCAAUCAGGAUGCAGAAACGUCGUACUUUCCAACCAAACGAUCCAUCCUGUCUGAGAUAAGCAAGCUGUUUGACCCGAUCGGCCUGCUUUCACCAGUGAUCAUCAUCGCCAAGCUCAUUAUGCAGAAGAUUUGGUUGGCGGGACUCCCAUGGGACACCUACCUCGAAGGAGACUUGUUGCAGGAGUGGCUGCAAUUUCGGACAUCACUGAAAACCGUAAACCACAUUCGGAUUCCCAGGUGCGUCGUGAUGCCGAACCACAUCGCUGUUGAACUUCAUGGAUUUUCGGAUGCAUCUAAGUUAGCCUACGGAGCAGCGUUGUAUGUGCGUUGUAUCUUCCCUGACGGAACUGCAAGUCUUCGAUUAGUUUGCAGCAAAUCCAAGGUUGCUCCUAUGAAACAAGUCACCAUUCCCCGAAUGGAGCUGCUGGGAGCUCAGCUUCUGGCGAAGUUGAUCUCCAAGGUCCUGGGAUCCUGCGACUACAACACCAGCAAUGUAGUCCUCUGGCUGGAUAGUCAGAUCGUUCUCGCUUGGCUGAAGAAACCGCUUACAUCCCUGCAAGUGUUCGUGCGGAACCGCAUCGAAAAAAUCCGUCAACUCACCGAACCGUUGAGAGUACAGUGGAGGUAUAUCUCAACAAAGCAGAAUCCAGCAGACAUUGUGUCCCGCGGUAUGCUGCCAGAGGCCUUACGGACAAACGAACUUUGGUGGUUGGGCCCAAAGUUCCUCCAAAGCGCGGAUUAUGAAGUAGAGAUUCCUGAUGAGUUACCUGAUGACGGCCUUCCCGAAUUGAGAGCGACACCCAUCGCUGCCACACCGGCAGUAAACAAACCCAACUUACCUGUCCUUUCAAAGUACAGCUCUUUUCGAAGACUCCAGCGAGUAAUCGCUUUAGUUCGACGCUUCAUCCUUAACUGCCGUGAGAAGGACGUUUCGAAGCGUGUCACCAAUCGUUUUCCCACUGUUGUGGAACUUCGAGACGCCCAGGACAUCAUAGUCCAACUUAUUCAGCGUGAAACGCUAGCUGACGAAAUCCAACGAGUGGAAAGCAACGAAUCUUGUAAACGGAUUUACGCCCUGCACCCGAUAAUUGUCAACGGAGUCCUGCGUGUAGGCGGAAGAUUACAGCAUUCCGACCUCCCGCUGUCCAAUAAACAUCAGAUCCUGCUUCCAAGGCAUCCAGUUACCGAUCUCAUCAUACAGGCGUAUCAUCAAGAGCUUCUACACAUCGGACCAUCCGGAUUGCUUGCAGCCAUUCGUCAGAAGUUUUGGCUUAUUGAUGGACGAUCAUCUGUUCGAAAGAUAACAAGAUCCUGCGUCCGCUGCUUCCGAUCCAAGCCACGAAGUUCCAGCCAGUUAAUGGGCAACCUUCCUUCAUGCCGAGUAACUCAAGCGCAUCCAUUCGAGAAGGCUGGAGUUGAUUACGCCGGUCCAGUACUCGUCAAGGAGGGCCGGUAUAAGCCUCGCCUUGUUAAGGCUUAUAUUGCCGUUUUCGUGUGCAUGGCAACGAAAGCAGUCCACCUAGAAUUAGUCUCGGAUAUGUCGAGCGAGGCCUUCCUUGCAGCGUUCCAUCGGUUCACCAGUCGGCGAGGGUUAAGCAAGGAAAUCUUUUCGGACAACGGAUGCACCUUCAAGGGAGCCAAUUCGGAGCUACACGAGCUAUACCAACUCUUCCGAAACCAAGCAACCAUCGAGCUACUUCAGGAAUACUGCCAGACGAAGGAAAUCGUAUGGCAUUUCAUCCCACCCGAAGCUCCAAAUUUUGGAGGACUUUGGGAAGCCGCUGUUAAGAGCACCAAGUAUCACCUCAAGAGAACGCUGAAGGACGCCAAGCUAACCUUCGAAGAGUACGCUACGGUACUGACCCAAGUGGAGGCGAUCCUGAACUCACGACCACUGUUCGCUAUUUCCUCUGAUCCUUCGGACCCAGAGGUCAUCACGCCAGGACACUUCCUGGUGGGUCGUCCUCUGAUUGCAACCCCGGAACCCAGCUACAACAAUGUACCGAUGAAUCGAUUGUCCCGAUGGCAAUACCUUCAACAGCUACGAGAGAAAUUCUGGCAACAAUGGAGGAAGGACUACCUGCAGAGCCUGCAGCCCCGCAGUAAAAAUCAACGGACACAUCCUAACAUCCGCCCUGGAAUGAUUGUGCUGGUUGAGGAGAGAGAUCUGCCAUCACAAUCCUGGAAGAUGGGCAGGAUCAUCACCACAUACCCUGGAUCAGACAAUCUUGUACGAGCCGUUGAUGUCAGGAUCGGGGGAACGAUUUAUCGUCGAGCUGUUUCCCGAAUUUCUAUCCUGCCUAUCGAAGACAACUGCAAUCAGGAUUGCAGUGCUUCAACGGAUUCUUCGCAGCCCGGGGGAGCAUGUUCGACACCAACACACUCAACACACGAGACACAGGGCGCGAGAGUGUGUGUGUGAAGGCUUUAGAAACCACACCUACUGCAUAGUCACACCACCGACGCGCACGAACAAUCCCGAACGCAGGAUGAACCCCGACCCGAACGCAGGAUGAACCCUGACCCGAACGCAGGAUGAACCCUGACCGAUGAUUAGUACGCAAAGUAAUCAUCGCGCGCGCAAUGAUGCGCCAACCUUUUUAAAUCCAGAGUUUUCUGGAUUUAUCUUCUGGAUGGAUAGAUCUUUCUAAAUCUUUCUGGAAGGAUCUAAAUAAACAUUUUGCCAACUAUAAAAGGACGAUUAGAUCCUCGUAGCGGCAUCAGUUCCAUAUCGAACCGGCUACAGUUCAUAACGAAC